GCCUCGAUGUGGCGAGUCGUCGUCGUCGCUCUAUGCGGCGCGACGGCGUCGCCGCGACGCCUGCGAACACAAAGACGAACGACCGCGAGCGGCAGGGCGACCAUCGAGGCCUGCGACGACACGAUCUAUUAUACGGAGGUCACCCUCGGCGGCCAGGCCCUCCAGCUCGUCGUCGACACCGGCAGCAGCGACCUCUGGGUCGCGGGCAAGGACUGCAAUGCCUGCACCCAGACGAUCUACGACCGCGACGCGUCGCCGACGUACGCCUCCGACGGCGCGCGCGUCGAGAUCGCGUACGCCGACGGCGACAGCGUCGUGGGCGUCGCCGCGCGCGACGCGCUCGGCUGGGGCGGCGUCGCGACGGCGAACCAGUCCUUCGUCGAGGUCGACGCGUCGAACUUUUGGAUCUGCGGCGACGAGGACGGCGUCCUGGGCCUCGGGCCCUCCGCGGGCGCGUCGUCCGCCUUCGAGCGCAUGGCCGCGGGCCUCGUCGCGCCCGUGCUCGGCAUCGCCCUGCGCGACGGCGGCGCGGGCGAGGUCAGCCUGGGGGGCGUGGACGCCGAGGCCUUCGUCGGGGACCUGACGUGGCUGCCCGUCGCCGACGGCGACGUCCCGCUCUGGAGCGCGACGCUGGACGCGGUCGUCUCCCGCGAGGCCGCGGCGCCCGGCGAGGCGCGCCUCGCCGGGGGCGUCGCGCUCUUCGACACGGGGACGACGUUCCUCGUCGCGCCGCCGAGCGACGCGCUGACGGUCAUGGCCGCGGUCGGCGCGACGUGCUACGCCUACCUCGACGGCGGCACGUACGACAUCGCGCCCUGCGGCGACCUCGAGGCCGACGCGCAGGUCGACAUCGCCGUCGCGCCGUGCGACGCCGCCGCGUCAGACGCGGGCCUCGCCUUCGAGUUCGGCGGCGCGUCCUUCGACCUGCCCGCGGAGGCCUACGUGUCGGAGCAGGACUGCGGCGACGGCGAGUUCCUGGACUGCCGCGGGCUCUGCUGGCCCGACGAGUUCCUGGAAUACGCGCGCGACGACAGCUGCGACGACGGGCGCCUGGGCCCGGACCUGUUCUGCGUCGAGCGGGGCUGCGACGGCGGCGCGUGCGCCGACGAGAAGGACGCCUGCGACCCGGGGGUGUCGGAGCCGCGGUGCUACGUCGACGUCGACCAGGGCAGGGAAGGGGAGUGGAUCCUCGGCGACGCGCUCUUGAAGCGCUACUACUUCGCCGUGAACGUCCGCGACCGCACGAUCGGCCUGGCGAAGAGCCGCGCGGCCUCCCCGGGGACCGCGGCCGCGCCGAGCCCCGCGCCGUCUUCCGCGCCGUCCGCGGCGCCGUCUUCCGCGCCCUCUUCCGCGCCGUCUUCCGCGCCGUCGCCGGCGCCGCGGAGGAAGAAGGGCGGCGCGCGGGCGACGAGCACGAACUCGCCGCUCGGCGCCUUCGUGUUCUUGCUGUUCCUGGCGUCCGUGUUCGCCGUGGUCUGCUCGAUGUGCCGCAUGGCGCGAUCCGCGCCGCGGAACCGGGGCUACGAGUACAACGACCCCGACGACGACGAGUACCUCCAGGACCCGUCUUGGGCACGCACGCCGCGCAUCAUGAAGCGGGACAGCCCGGGCAGCGGCCGGCGCUUCUUCCCGCGCGUCGAGCUCCCGACGAGGCGCCGCCGGGCCGACGACGCGGACGCCGCGCCCGUCGUCGCGACGCGCGAGGAGACCGUCUCCGCGCUCCACGCGAGCCGCUCCGAGGCCGACAUCUGGGGCGCGGCCCCGAACGUCGAGGAGCACAUGUUCGAAGAGGUCGAAUUAUAAUCACGCUCGGAGC